UCAGCGCCACACGGCGCCAUCCUCCUGCCCGUGAAUGGCUGCCGGCUGACUGACAGCCGAGGCGGCCACACAGGGCGGCAGCUGCCCGGCGUACACCUAUAAGGGCAGGCGGGGAAGAGGAGCCCAGCUGCCCGCGGCGGAGCUGCAGGGUGAGCAGUCUCACCUAGGUGGGAGUCCUUGCUCGGGGAGCCGAGCGCUGGCGGAGGCGGGCAUUCGCCCGCAGGCUCCCCGGCAGCAGCCCCGCCCGCUGAUCCCGCAGCAAGUAGCAGUCCCGGUCACCCCUCUUCGGCAGCAGCUCUUGAAGGAUGCGGAGUGGUGGAGCGCGGGCGGCGGCGGGGCGCCGCGGGGGGACCCUGCGCUGCGCCGGGCGCGGGCGCCGCCGCCCCUGCGCGCUGCGCUGGGCAGCAGCUCAGUGAGCGCGGUGGCCGCGGCAGGAGGAGGCGCAGACGGGCUCGCUGCGGCCGCUGCCGUCGCUGGAGGGGCUGGGAGCCGCUCCGCGCCGGCGGCGGGGCUGCGCGGCGACCCGCGCUGGGGAAGGCGCGGGCGGCGCUGCCACAGGUGACUCGCGGGCCCGGGGCCGAUCUUCGCCCCGCUGCCGCUCGGCUGCCCUUGCGCGUUCGUGCCCCCUGCGCCGCGGCCGCCUGCGCGAAGCCCGUCUUCAGCCACUUCGCCGCGCCUGCAGGAGCGCCGGGGGACAUGGCUUUGCUUCGGCUCCUUCUCCUCUUGCUCCUCGCCCAGCGGGGGCUCGGGGCCGCCGCCGGCGAAGGGCAGGCGGUGCGCAGCCAGGAUUGGGCGCUUAGAGGGGGACAGCCUCUUUACAACCACAUCAAGAGCCGGGAGCCUCCGCCGGCCCCGCGGAGCCGCUCUACGGCGAGCACCAUCUUGGCGCAGCGGCUCGCUGAGGAGGUACCCCAGGACGUGGCCUCGUUCCUCUACACGGGUGACUCCCGGGAGCUGGGGCGUGCCAACUGCUCCGGGCGGUAUGAGCUGGCCAGCCUGGCCGGCAAGUCGCGCUUCACCUCGCACCCGUCCCUGCACGGGGCCCUGGACACCCUCACCCACGCCACCAACUUUCUCAACACGAUCCUCCAGAGCAAUAAGUCGCGGGAGCAGAACUUGCAGGAGGACCUGGAGUGGUACCGCGCCUUGAUCAGGAGCCUCCUGGAGGGGGACCCCAACAUCUCCAGGGCAGCUAUCACUUUCAGCACGGAGCCUUUCUCCUCCACACCCCAGGUUUUCCUUCAGGCCAGCAGGCACGAGAGCCAAGUCCUCUUGCAGGACUUAUCCUCCUCGGCUCACCGCCUGGCCAACGCCUCUGUGGAAACGGAGUGGUUCCACAGCCUGAAGCGCAAGUGGAGGCCACAUCUGCAUAGGAAGGUCUUGAACACGGGGCCCAGAACUUUAGAGAACAGCUGGAAGAGAUGGGAGAGCUUCACUGCCGAUAAGAACCACAUCAGGUGGUCCUCGCCUUACCUGGAGUGUGAGAAUGGGAAUUACAAACCCGGCUGGCUGGUGACUCUCUCAGCGGCUUUCUAUGGGCUUCGGCCGAACCUCCUUCCUGAGUUCAGAGGUGUUGUCAAAGUGGACAUCAAUCUGCAGAAGGUGGACAUUGACCAGUGUUCGAGUGAGGGGUGGUUCUCGGGGACGCACAGGUGUCAUCUCAACAAUUCUGAGUGCAUGCCAAUUAAAGGCCUUGGAUUUGUGCUUGGAGCCUACAAGUGUAUUUGCAAAGCUGGAUUCUAUGAUCCCAACAUCUUCUCAGUGAACAGCUUUCAGAGAAAGGAUGCAGAAAAUCGCUUUUCCGGUGGUGAAUUGUCAGAGGAAGUCUAUACCUGCCUGCCCUGCAGGGAAGGGUGUUCUUACUGUACAGAUGAUACUCCCUGCUAUGCACAGGAGGACAAGUAUUUACGGCUGGCUAUCAUCUCAUUCCAAACGCUCUGUAUGCUGCUGGACUUCAUAAGCAUGCUGGUAGUCUACCAUUUUCGCAAGGCAAAGAGUAUCAGGGCUUCAGGGCUGGUGCUGCUGGAAACCAUUCUUUUUGGAUCACUUCUUCUGUACUUCCCGGUUGUCAUUUUGUAUUUUGAGCCAAGUGUAUUUCGCUGUAUUCUCCUAAGAUGGGUUCGUCUUCUGGGCUUUGCUACUGUUUAUGGAACUGUGACCCUCAAACUUCACAGGGUUUUGAAGGUAUUCCUUUCCCGAACUGCUCAGCGUAUUCCAUACAUGACAGGUGGGCGAGUGAUGAGGAUGCUGGCUGUUAUUCUCCUGAUAGUCUUUUGGUUUCUCGUUGGCUGGACUUCUGCAGUAACCCAAAAUUUGGAGAGAAACAUUCCACUCAUUGGCCAAGGGCAAACAUCUGACUACCUGAUCUUCAAUAUGUGCCUCAUAGACCGCUGGGAUUACAUGAUGGCUGUUGCUGAAUUUUUAUUCCUCUUGUGGGGUGUUUAUCUCUGCUAUGCAGUGCGGACAGUCCCAUCAGCAUUUCAUGAGCCACGUUAUAUGGCUGUUGCAGUUCACAAUGAGCUCAUUAUCUCUGCUAUAUUCCAUACAAUUAGAUUCAUUCUUGCUUCGAGACUUCAGUCUGACUGGAUGCUGAUGCUGUUCUUUGCACACACGCACUUGACUGUGACAGUCACUGUUGGGCUACUUCUGAUCCCUAAGUUUUCACAUUCAAGCAAUAACCCAAGAGAUGAUAUAGCUACAGAAGCUUAUGAAGAUGAGCUUGACAUGGGUCGAUCUGGAUCCUAUCUGAACAGCAGUAUCAAUUCAGCAUGGAGUGAACAUAGUUUGGAUCCUGAAGAUAUUCGGGAUGAAUUGAAGAAACUAUAUGCCCAGCUUGAAAUCUAUAAAAGGAAAAAGAUGAUUGCUAAUAACCCACAUCUCCAGAAGAAAAGGUGCUCUAAAAAGGGGUUGGGGCGCUCAAUAAUGCGACGUAUUACAGAAAUCCCUGAGACGGUCACCAGGCAGUGCUCCAGGGAUGAGAAGGACCUGAUGGAGCAUAGUGUUGUGAAGAACGUGGCUACGCUGAAGAAAAACCCACCAGACUCCACAAGUUCUGCAAAGCCAAAAGAGGAGACUUUGAAAAAUAGGGUCUUUUCCUUAAAAAAGUCCCACAGCACUUACGAUCAUGUUAGGGAUCAAACAGAAGAACCAAAUAGCUUAACUACAGAAAGCACUGAAGUUAUAGCUGCUGAGAAUUCACUACUGGACUCACUGAAUGAUAACAAGUUAACCAAAAAUGCUCCUGAAAAGGUUGAAGCUGUCUCCACUGAAUCGGUCCCUUUGGUGUGCAAAUCAGUAAGUGCACAUAAUUUAAGUGCCGAUAAGAAGCCUCUGCAUCCAAGAACAUCUGUGUUACAAAAAUCCCUCAGUGUUAUUGCUAGUGCCAAGGAAAAGACUCUGGGACUAACAGGUAAAACACAAAGUCUGGAAGAAAGCACUAAGUCUCAUAAACCUCAGCCAAAGGGUAAGGAGGCUGGCAAAAAGCACUCGGUCUCCGAUAAAGGUGAGCAUAAGGAUUCCCACCAGAAGAACUCUACCCACUCUGAGGAAGCAAAGAAAGCCCAUAAAUCUUCAAUUAUGAAGCAGCAAAGGGUUAGUCAGACGCCUGCAAAUCCAGACACAGGCCCAGGUAAGUCUCUACACAAGGACAAUUUCGACAUAGGAGAAGUCUGUCCUUGGGAGAUAUAUGACCAAACUCCUGGUCCUGUGCCUUCUGACUCUAAAGUUCAAAAACACGUGUCUAUUGCUUCCUCAGAGCCAGAGAAAAACCACCCUUCUCAGCCAAAGGGGAAGACUCAUCGUAAGCUGAAGACACCUGAGGGGUAUCAGCAGUCAAAUCAAAUAUGUUCAGAGAAGGUGGAGGAAGCCGCUCAGGAGACACAAGAGCAAAAUGACAAAACCCAGUCAAAUUCCAAGUCUCCAGUUUCCCCUGGGCUGAAGCAUGAGAAUGUUAAUAGAUAUACACCUAAUACCUGUGCUGGGGAGCUGGAAGAGCUACCCCAGAGAGCAGCAGAAAAAGAAAACCUCAAUAAAUUGGCAGAACAGAAAAAAAAUGCCUCUUCCGAGGGAAAUGUGCUUUCGUCUGACUCCCUUAAGCCAAGUAGUUACUUCCAGCAACCUUUAGCAUCUCGAGCUGAAGUCUGCCCUUGGGAGUAUGAUACACAAGAUUUACCAAAUGCAGGAAGAAGUGUAGCUUUAUCGAACACCUCUGCUAUAAGUGCAAAUAAAACAGCAACACCUCGAAAAUAAGAGGCUUUUGGACUGAGGAGAGUAGCAACAUUAAGAAGAAAACAGGAAAGACAGAGGGGACUUAGGCCAAAAGGAUCUGAAAAUUCCUAAGGAGCAUCACUUAAAUCAAGGGAAUCAGCACUACAAAGGAGUUAAGCAAAGUAAAUUAUCAUUAAUGUUGUUAUUGUUUAGUUCUUGAGUGCCAACAAUGUGACUAGCAGUGUCCAGAAUAUGGUCCCUGCUCCAAGGAUUUUACUGUGUCAAUGAAAGAAACCUGCCUUUGUGAAAUCACUUCUCUUUUAAAAGAAAAACAUGCAGUGGUAACAAAUGCACAGUACAGAUCUCAACUGAAUUAUUUCUGAAUGCCAGAACUGGCUUUAACUUGCCCUUGGGACUUUAAAGAUCCAGCAGAAGUAGGGAACACAAAAUGUCCUGAUGGCAAAAAGGGGUAUCAAUGAGCAGCUUAUUAAAAUGGCGAAUUUUCACUUUACAUAUUUAAUCUAGAUAGCACCGCUAACUCAAUGCAUCCCCAAACACAUUUUAUAUAAUGAUUGCUCUCAUUUUCUUAUUACUGUGUGUUUAAGUACAUUGUUGUGUCUCAUAUUAAAGCAUUCCAGAUUGUAUAAUUUUUUGCAAAUAACUUUGAUAUUAUGUGACACAACAGCGCAUUUAUGCAAUCUGCAGAUACUUUCUUCUAAUUGCAAGUUAAAAUACCUGCUGUAGACUUUUUGUUUAGAUAUAGAAUUGCAGUAAUCUUUCACUGGCUAUGGAAGCCAUAAUUCAUAUCGGGCUUUGGAGAUUAUUUUUUUUUCUUUCCUGUGAUUUAUAUAGUGAUUUUGUCUUUUUUUGUUUACUCUCUGUUAUUUAUAGUUUGAUACAGUAUUAUUCAGGGGUUUUAUACACAGUAAGUUACUUGUUUAUGCAUUUCCCUGUUAAUGCUCAUAGACUUUGUUUAUAGUGGAAAUUCAGUCGUCUUAGCUGCUUAUUCUUAGGACAACUUAUCUGUUGUUUGUUACUAAUUGGAAGCUAUCAUCUAACAAACCAGAAAUCUUGCUUAAAUAUCAGUGGUGAUACUGAGUAUAUCCCACUAUUAAAAUAAGCAAGAAUGACAAUGAAAAUAUACCCCAGAAAUGAUUACCUAUUUUACUAAAACCAGAUAACCCUGGGAAAUAUAUUAGCUAGUUCAUAUAAAACAACAGUGUACUGUUUAUCUCUGUUGGCAAACCUCAAAGAAUUGGCCCAUGGAGUGAGGAGAGAAGUCCAAAAUAUUACUCUUCCCCCAUGUAUGCAAUUGUAAGAGACAGUGGGAAGGGAAAUGAUGGCAUCUCUCUCCCACUCUCCAAAAUGCUUUGAUUUUAUUUAUUUAUUCACUUAUUUGUUUAUUUACGCAUACUUUUGCAGUAAACCUUAGUGCUUAAUACAGUGCUAAUUUUCAGUAAUAACUACAGUCCUCAUUGUGCAUAUGAGCUUAAUUCACAGAUGGCCCAUUCACAACUUGGUGAUGGUACAGCAUCAGGGCCUGAGGACGUAUUGUAAAGGAUCUGAGGAGUAUCACUAAUACUAAAAAACCCUCAGCUAUCUAAAUGCAGUGCCAGUAAAGUGCUGUUCACUAGAAUUGGCUAUCUAUACAGUACUCCAAAACAAAGACAGCUCAGUCCUAAAGAACUUGUGCAAUUUGAGAGAAGUGAUGGGGUUCAUUGGAAGAACAUGAAAUGAGGAUGAUUGAAUAGAAUGUGUUGUUUAAUAUAUAUAAUAUAUAUAUAAAAUAGAUAUUUAUAUAUGUUUAAUAUAUAUAAAAUGUCUUAUCUAAUACACUCAUGCACCUACAUGUAUGUAGUAUAAACUGAUUUUUGUGGCAUCAUAGAAAAAGUGGCUUAAGAUGAAAUGAAAUGAGCACAGGGACUUAAGCUGGGCAUGAGUAGGACUUUCUUUGUCCUUACCAGUAGUCUAUGGGUAUGUCUACACUGAUAGAUCAAGAUGGAUCUUCCUACUGCCUCUGCUAAGCUGAAACUGAGAACAUGCCAACACCUGAGCCAGCUGUGGUCAAGCUGGCUCAGGUCAUUGGCUCAGGUCUCAGUGCUGUCUACAUACAUUGGCCUCAAUCGUAAAUUCUGCUCAUUAGCUUCAGAUUAAAGUGGCCAAACUGCCCAACUAACCUAGUUAGCCUGAAUGGUGCUCAGUUCCACCAUGGGGACACGCUAACUUAGAUCUUUGCUACCCUGGGCCUGUCUGACUCUCCCACCCCUCUUUUGUAGGGUGUAGUUAUGGCCUAGAAUAUCUGGUCUUUGCCUUUAAUACACAUCUUCCAACUGGGACCCCUUCAACCCCUCUUCACCUGUAAAAGAGUGUCAGGCAUACGAGUCUGCUUUGGACGUUUGUGCACCCACUUUCCAUACACAGUGCCAGUGGCAUCCUACAUGCAGACCAAAUCUAGCUUUCUGCUUAGUGUGGAAAAUAGCUGAGGUUAGACUUGGUGUGCCCAGAUUCUCCCAUCCCACUCCCAGAAACUCAUGGGAUUUGUUGGUAACCUUUUCAUCAACUUCAGUGGGAUUUGAUCAGUGCUUCAGAGAGAAAGUAACCCUAAGUUUUGCUGCAAGGGAAAAGUUCCAGCCUGGGAAUGCAGCUUUCUGUGAGUCCUCCAGGAGAGCACACUGACCCUGUGUGCAGAGAGAGGCACAACUUUCAACCUGCUGAGUAUGGUGACCACCUUGCACCUCUGCUACCCCUCAAGGAAGGUUCUGCAGCCUAUCUCAGCAGUGGUUUGUGUAAACAGGGAGCGGGGGGCCACUUAUAGCAGGUUGCCCUGACUCACUAACUGAGUCAGCACUUUGUCACAGCCAGGUGCUGAGGUUAAAAGUGGGAGUCCGUAGGAGAGUCAGGAAAGGAGAUGUUUGUACGUACUCACAAGAGCAGUUGCCAGCCCUGGCACCCGCACUCAUCUUGCCCUCCAUCCUUUACCUUGGUGCUGAGUGAGGACACACUGCCUCUGCUUUGCUCAGCAGCAGCUGUGUUGGGGUGCAUUGUGCACCAGGGGUGAGGGGAGCCACAUCAACAAGGUGUCCACACAGCACCACUGCCCCUGGUAUGUGGCAUCGCUGGCAGGAUCAAGCCCUUCAUGCAUGACUGCACCUGUGCCACUGCUGUCCAUCUACAAUCCUUUGGUCGUUUUCUUUUA